AUUUAUAUAACUAGUCUAAGGUUAUAUGUAGGAGCCUAUCCAUGUGCUUGUAAGAUUAGUGCACCUGCGCAGCGCUGCACUGACUUGAUAACCGUGAAAUAGCGUCAGACUUUAAUCUGUCCACGUAUGCUCUGACGAAGACUGUAACAUACGGGCUAUGAUGGCAGGAGUCGAGGUGGCAGAUGCGGAUCAGUUGUUCAAGCCGGACAAUAACAAAACAACAGAAAGAAGAAACAACGGAAAUCGACUUGUCCAUUCGUGUUGACUGUUACUCACGCUGCGAGUCUAUGAUAACUAGUUUUACGUCUUCUGCUUUGUUAUUGUUCCCGCAAUAAUGUCAUCGUGGCUUGGAGGAAUCGGCUCGGGGUUGGGCCAGUCGCUUAGCCAGGUUGGUGGAAGCCUGUCUACGUUCACCGGACAAAUUUCAAACUUCACCAAAGACAUCCUGCUGGAAGGAGCGGAAGAAGUUGGAGAUGCAACCACAGAGCUUCAGGUGUCGAACUCGAGGGUGUCGACGCUGGAGGCAGCCUAUAAUGCACAGAAGUCUGAGUAUGAGCGGCUGCAGAAGGUCCACGCGGAGCUGGAGGAGAAGCUGGAGGCAGCGGAGAUCCAGAUCAAGCAGCAGUCCAUGGAGCACCGCAGGCUGCUGCAGCAGAAGGAGGUGGAGGUCAGCCACCUGAAGGCGCGGCAGAGCGUGCUGCAGGAGGAGGUGCAGAAGCUGCAGCACUCCGGCCCCCCCACGUCCGAAGCCGCCGUCCUGCCCCUCGGCUCCGGCUCCGCCUCCUCCUUCCUGCCCCACCCUUCCGGGGGGCAUCAGGGUUUCCAGGGCGACGAGAUGGAUUUCAACGACGUCAUCUGGUCCCAGCAGGAGAUCAACCGCUUGUCCAAUGAGGUGUCCCGGCUGGAGGCCGAGGCCGCCCAUUGGAGGCGCCUGUCUCAGGCCUCCAAAGCCUCUGGAGCAGCAAGCACUGACCAGGAGGACGUGGUCAGACUCCAGAGAACCAUCAAGGAGCUGCGGGAGACGAUGGGGCGGGAGAUGGACGAGCACCAGCACGAGCUGACCGCCCUGCAGGACGCCCAGCAGCAGAAGCUGGCCGAGGUCACGCGCCGACACCGCGAGGAGUUGGCCGAGUACGAGGAGCGGAUCGAGGAGCUGGAGGAGCAGAUCCAGAGCGGUUCUUUGGGCUCUGCGUCAGCCGGGGAGUCGUCCAGAAUAGCGGAGCUCCAGAGCAGGAUCCAGGCCCAGCAGGAAGAGGCGGAGCUUCAGGACAGGAAGCUGCGGGAGCUGACGGAGAGCUUGGCGGCGCUGGGACGCGAGCAGGCGGCGCUGCGGCAGGAGAAGGAGGAGGCGCGGGCGGAGUACAGGGAGCUGCUGCAGGAGAAGGAGGAGGCGCAGGCGGAGAACAGGGAGCUGCUGCAGAACUACGCCCGGCUCCAGAGCUCGGUGGAGGAGCUGCAGACCCGCGUGCAGGAGCAGGAAGGGAAGGCCUUGCACAAGGCGCACCUGGACAACGAGAUCCAGGCGCUGAAGAAGGCUCUCGCAGGGGCUGAAAAAGAGAUAUCAAGGUUGAAGGCCCUCAGUGAGAAUGAACCCCAGGCAGAAGUGGAACAUGCAGACAUUCUAGAACUCAACACAAUAGUUGAAACCUUGAGGCGAGAGAAGGCGGAACUUGAGCAACAAAAGUUGGACUUGUUGGAGAGAGUGAACUGUGCGGAGGACAGUGUACAGAAGGUGGAGGCGGAGCCUGAAUCCAGCCUGCAGGCGGUGGAGGAUCUGAGGAAACAGCUGGAGGAGAAAGAACAGGCCCUGAAGGAGGCCCAGCAGGACCGGGACACACUUAGCACCGAGCUGGAGGAGCUGGACCGCCAGAACCAGGAGGCCACGCAGCACCUCAUUUCUCUGAAAGACCAGCUGGUGACGCAGCACAAGGAGGCUGAGGCCGAGACGGCUCGCCUGCAGCAGGAGCUCGAUGCCGUGCGCGACCAGAAGGGGGCACUGCAGCGGGAGUUGGAGGCCCAGAAGGAGAAGCUCAGUCAGACGGCCUUCGCGCUCAAUGACAUGCACAUGGGCAAGCAGCAGCUGGAGGACACGUUGAAGGAGCUGCGGGACAAGCUGGGCCAAGCAAGUGCGCGAAAUGCAGAGGCACGCGAGGAGACCGCCAAGCUGAGUAGGACGCUCCGGGAGAGGGAAGAGGAGCUCUCUGCAGUCCGGACGGAGCUUAACCUGGCUGGGGAGCAAGGCGAUGGUGUGGAGGACCAGCAGAGGGCGCUGGAGGCGAAGGGGAAAGAGCUGGCCGAGCUCAGGCAGGAGCUGGCAGAGAUGAGAAACCUACAGGAGAAGGUCAAGUCUGAGGACUUCGAGAUCAAGAUGGAGAACAACAAGCUGAAAGCGGAGGCCCAGGAGGCCGCGGAGAGACUGGACGACCUUAGCCGCCAGGUCCAGAAUGGGCAGGCUGCCAUGAAAAGGGCCGUCCUCGAGAAGGACACCCGGAUUGAUGCUCUGAAGCUGGAAAAGGGACAGCUAGAAAGUGAGCUGAGCCAGGCGGAGCAGCGGCUGGCCGAGCAGGCCCGGCAGUACCGGCAGACCAUCGAGGAGCUGACCCGGGCCCGCUCCAUGGACGCCUCCGCCCUGCAGACGGAGCAUGAGAACGCCGUCAAGCUCAACCGCGAGAAGGACUUUGAGAUCGCGGAGCUGAAGCGGGAGAUGGAGCGGAUGGCGGCUGACCACCGGGACACAAACGAGAUGCUCUCCACCUCCGUGGCGGGCCAGAAGCAGCUGACCGAGGUGCUACGGGAGAAGGACCUGUUUGUGGAGACUCUGAAGUUGAAGGUUGCCGAGACACAGAAAGAGCUGGAGGAGAGCUCCCGAGCAGCCAAGGAAGGGGAGGCCCUGAAGCACGUGCUGGAUGAGAAGGACAAGCAGCUGGGUGCGAUGAAAGAGGAGAACAGCCACCUGAAGGAAGAAAUCGACCGACUGCGGGACCAGCAGAGCAGGCCGCAGGCCCUGGCCGAGCCCAGAACCCUGGACAUAAUCACAGAGCUGGAGACGGAGAUCGCCCAGCUGAAGGCGGCGAGGGACGCCCUGGAAGAGGAGGCAUCGAGCCUGAGGAGAACAUCAGAGGAACAGCGGGGAAGUAUCCUGCAAUUCCAGCAGUCCAUUCAGGCACAGCAGAAUGAGUUGGAGCAGGCGAGGGCACGGCACGAACAGAGCACGCUCAACUACGAGAAACGCAUCGGCACCAAGGAUGAUGAGAUUGCCCACCUGCAGGAGGCCUUGGACCAGGUGACCGAGCAGAGGACCCACAUUGACUCCUCGCCGCUACAGGUUCUGCCACCGACGGUGGACAUCCUGCAAGAGGAGAAGACCCAGUCGCUGAACGGGGAGAACGGGAACGAGAAGCAUGACCUGUCCAAAGUGGAGAUCGAGAAGCUUGUGAAGGGGAUCAAGGAGAAGGAGAGUGAAAUCAGCCUUCUCAAUGAGAAGAACCUGUCUCUGACCAAGCAGCUGGACCAGCUGGUGGUCUCUCGAGAUGAGGUGGGCAAGCUGUCCCAGAUAGUGCUGCAGAAGGACCUGGAGAUUCAGGCCUUACAUGCCCGGGUGUCGGCUGGCGGGCACAGCCAGGACCUCCUGUUCCUGCAGCAACAGUUGCAGGCCUAUGCUGUGGAGCGUGAGCAGGUGUUGGCUGUGCUUAAUGAGAAGACGCGCGAGAACAGCCAGCUGCGGUCGGACUACCACCGCAUCAUGGACAUCGUGGCCGACAAGGAGUCGACAAUUCUGAGGCUGCAGCAGGACAACCAGCGUCUGUCCAUCAUGGGCGACCCAUCGGGGAGCCAUGAGAUGUCCCGCGAGACCAUCCAGAACCUCUCUCGGAUCAUUCGGGAGAAGGAUAUCGAGAUUGACGCCCUGACUCAGAAGUGCCAGACCCUGGUGACCGUCCUGCAGGCGUCAGGCGGUGAUUCGGGGAGUGGCAGCGGAGGCGGGGUGAGCAGCAACCAGUUUGAGGAGCUCCUGCAGGAGAGGGACACCCUGAAGCAGCAGGUGAAGAAGAUGGACGAGUGGAAGCAGCAGGUGAUCACCACAGUGAAGAACAUGCAGCACGAGUCAGCCCAGCUACACGAGGAGCUUGUCAAGCUGCAGGGCCAGGUCUCCGCUGACAGCGACUGCAACUCCAAGCUCUCUGUCGACUACACCCGGCUGAUCCAGGGCUAUGAGCAGAAGGAGAGGAAGCUGGGAAAUUUGAGCCAGGAGCUUGCGCAGGUCCAGCAGACCAUUAGCCAGCUUAGCACCACCAAGGACGUCCUGCUUGGGAAACUGGAAGGUGUUGCGCCGGGUCCUGAGGCCUUGCCACCUGCUCAAGCAACUGUGUCUAUUGCCACAAUGGGACCUCCCAGCCAACAGGUGGCAGCGUCUGAGCAACUUGGGGGGGAGGUGAGCAGGCUGCAGCAAGAACUCGAGUACCUGCGAAGGCUGCUGGCAGAGAGGGACGGGAUGAUCCAAACACUACAAGAAAACAACCACCGCCUGUCCAACUCGAUGGCUGAGAGCGAGCAGAGGGGCCUGGCGGAGGAGCUCCGACGGGCUCAGGAAAAGCUGGACUCCAUGCAGAGGUCCCUGAGGGAGAAGGACCUGCUGAUCAAGUCCAAGGGGGACCAGCUGAGCCAGGUGAGCGAGAGCCUGCGGAACCGCGAGAACGACAACGAGGUGCUGAAGCAGGCCGUGACCAACCUGAAGGAGCGCACGCUCAUCCUGGAGAUGGACGGCCGCAAGCUGAAGGAGGAGAACGAGCUGGUGGUGUCGCGCUCCCGCGAGAAGGAGUCGGAGUUCCGCGCGCUGAGGGAGACGAACCUGCAGGUGUCGCUCCUCCUGAGGGAGAAGGAGUUCGAGUCCAGUACCAUGAGGGAGAAGGCUGCCGCCAUGGAGAAGGUGCUCAAGGAUGGAGAACAGGGCAAGUCUGGAGAGCUGAACCAACUGCUGAAUGAGGUUCGGUCAAUGCAAGAGAAAGCUGUGGCCUUCCAGCAGGAAAGGGACCAAGUGAUGAUGGCGCUCAAGCAGAAGCAGAUGGAGAACUCUGCCCUGCAGAAUGAGCUGCAGCACAUGCGGGACAAGGAGCAGCGGCUGAAGCUGGAGCUGGAGAGGCUGCGGAAUCACCUGCUGGAGAUCGAGGACUCGUACACCCGAGAGGCCCUGGCUGCCCAGGACCGGGAGGCCGACCUGCGCCGGAGGGUGUCGCUGCUGGAGGACAGGCUUGCCACCUCGUCGAGCGCCGUGGAGAACGCCAGCCAACAGGCCAGUUUGCAGGUGGAGUCUCUGCAGGAGCAGCUGAGCGGCGUGAUGAGGCAGAGGGACGAGGCUCUGGCCCAGCUACGCACCUCUCAGGAGCAGGUCAAACAGUAUGCAGUUUCACUCUCCAACCUGCAGAUGGUGCUAGAGCAGUUCCAGCAAGAUGAGAAGGCCAUGUACUCAUCAGAGCUGGAGAAGCACAAGAAGGAGAAGGACGAGUGGCGGAGGAAAGCAGAGAGGCUGGAGGACCAGGCGUCUGCUCUGCAGAUCAACCUCGAUGAGGCCAACGCUGCUCUGGACUCGGCCUCCCGCCUGUCUGACCAGCUGGACCUGAAGGAGGAGCAGAUGGAGGAGCUGAAGAAGCAGGUGGAGGCCAAGCAGGAGGCUCUGGAGGAGGCGCAGAACAAGAUGAUGAGCCUGGUCAAAGGCACAGAGGGGAAAGUGGACAGGGUCCUGAUGCGGAACCUGUUCGUGGGGCACUUGACCGCACCCAAGAACCAGAGGCAGGAGGUGCUGCGGGUGAUGGGCACCAUGCUGGGGCUGGACCGGGAGGAGGUCGACAAGCUGCUGCUGGAGGAGGGGCGUCGCGGUUUGACGGGCUGGGUGUCCGGCUGGCUGGGGGAGCGGGCGGUGCAGAGCGUCCCCAGCACCCCACAGAGGCCUGGGACCAUCCCGGGACUGAACAACUCCUUCUCCGAGAUGUUUGUGAAGUUCAUGGAGGUGGAGUCCAGGCCGCUGGGUCCUGCGCCCAAGCUGCCGGUCUAUGACAUCAAGCCCCUGAGUGCCCCGCCCGCCGGGCGCUCGGCCAGCAGUGCCCCUCCGCUGUCAGCGGCAGGUGCUUCUGGAUCCAGCGGUAGGGCAGGGGACUCGAACCCCUUCCUGGCGCCCCGCUCGGCAGCGGUACCCCUCCUGAACCCGGGGGCCCCCGGCGCGGGCGGGACGGGGGCCCACAUGCUCCUGAAGCCGCUCUCGGACACCCUGCCCUCCUUCAUGCCCGUUCCCGUAUCCGGGGCGGCGAGCGGGGGGGCGGUGCUGAAGGACCUGCUCCAGCAGUGAGAAGGACCAUAGAGCGUCCCUGCACAGCACUUUAACCACGACAGGAAAGGCCAGGACACACACACACACACUGCACGGCCGGAGCAGACACAGCUGUGAGGACAUCCAUCACGGCGACCGCGCAUCGAGUGACAGAGAAGGGGAGGGCGGGAGAAGGAGGGAGCGAGAGAACAAGAGCGCGAGAGAGAGAGAGGGAGAGUGGGAAAGAGAGAAAGAGAGAGAUAGAGAGAAAGAGUGAGUGAGAGAGAGAGAGAAGGAGAUGGAGAGAGAGAGAGCGAGUGAGAGUGAGAGAGAGAGAGAAAGAGAGAGAGAGCGUGAGAGAGCUAUUUUGUCUUGUAUUAAGUCUUGCAUACUGUACUGAACUGUACCUCAGUAACGCUGCUAGGACCCUGUGGAACGCACAGCUGCAGUAUUUUCGGAAACCCGGCCUCAACAGGAUGCGGGCCUUGCGCCCUGAAAGCCCCGCUCGACGGCCCCGGGAGGAAAAGGGCGUGUGCCUCUCUCCGCCGCUCUCGUAACGCAGGGUUGUUUAAGGGCUGAGCGCCGUCAGAAACGCAGGAGCACUUUCUGCUGUUGUGCAAAUGAAACUGGUGUGAAACCCCUUUCCGCAAACUUUCGCCAGAAUUUCACCUGUUGCGCGCCCUCUGCCUUUUUGCGAAGAUUGUAUUUAUGCACCAGCCUUUAUCGAAGGAUUGUUUUUCCUCUCAAAACUUUAGGUUGUGCUUUUUUUUUUCUUCUUCUUCUUCUUCUUCUUCUUUUUUAGGAUAAAUUUGUUUUCUGUCUGAUUCAAGAAUUUACUGUGGUGUCUGGCUCCAGAAAUGCCUGAAGAUUUACAAGGCUGUCCGCAUCUGUUAUUUCCAUACAGACAUCUCUGUAAAAUCCUCCUUUCAGGUUUCCACACAUCCAGGCUUUCGUACGCAUCGCCAUUUGGUCAUUACAGCUGUGGAGGCUUGAAAUCUUCAUAAUGUAGUUAUGUAUAUAUACAAACAUGUAGCUUAAAUAAGAUCAUUGCAUUUUUACACUGAAAGGCAUCGGAAAACUGAUCAAAAGAGGUGCCCAGACAGAUAAACUACAUAUCAUCGAAGUUGUAAAGGCUCAAUCAUUAAAGGUUUACAAGACUACAAAAAUCUGUGUACAUUUUGUGGUAGGUUACCUGUAGAAAUGACUCUAAACAAUCGAACGUUAAGAGGAAUGAUGUGUAGAUUCCUCCAUAUGCCAGCCAUGCAAGUGUAAAUAAGAUUAUAUGGACAUGGGGGAAAAAAAAAUCUUCCUUGCUCUUGGUGUUCUGCAGCGUUGUCUUAUGGGAUACUGCAGACUGUAAUAUUUGUGUCUAAGGAAUGCAAAUCCAAACCCUACACUGCAUAGAUUUUGUUGUUGAAUUGAUUUGCUCAUCUUUAGAAUUUGGCAAAAGAUCUGAUCCACCCUCCCGUGAGAUCAGGCAUAUUUCUCUGCAGUGCAUUCUGGGAAAGUAAAAUGCCUGUGUUCCAAUGCUUUUAUUUGUUUAUUAUGUGCUCGUAAGGCAAGCCAGGCAUAUAUAUCACACUGACCCAUAUUGCUGUUGCAUUGCUUUUAGAGACAGUUGACCUGAAUCCUCCCCAUUAAUUUAGCAUGUAGGACAUUGGGUGUUUUUUUUUUUUGUUUGUUUUUGUUUUUCUGAAUAGUACACUAUCUUCACAUGAUGAAUAGAAACAAUUUAUGAUAAAUGUUCAAAUGUGCCAAAAAAAAAAAAAAAAAACAGGGGCGAAGUCAUUUAAAGUUUAAUUUUCAGAGUUUUAGUGGUUUGUUUUGAACUUUAUUUAUUCCCCUUUCUGUAUUCAGAGGCCUUAGCCUCAGAUUUAGGUUCGUCUCGGAGGCUUUAAUGUUACUUUGAGGGUUCCGGCUGUUACAGAUCUCACGUGUACGUGUGCAGUGAAGAUUCUCCAAACCUGUUCUACGAUCAGCGUCUCGCGCUGGUGCUGAGUAAACGAAGUACGGUUGCUUUAAGGAACUGCUUGUUGCGAAUUUUUCUCAUUUGGAAGAGUUCCGUUCGGUCGCAUGAAGUACAGAGAACUCAAAACACGGCCCUUCUGUUAAUAUGCUGUUGUAUGAAAGCUUUUCCCGGUUGAGUUUUCAACAGCAUCCUUUGGUCAGUGUGCACGUUUUUGGCUUAUAUUUAUAAGCUAGAUGGGAGGUACUGCAAUGUUUUGAUGUAGAUGUUUCUGAAUAAUUCCAUUUUCUCUCCUGCCUGUUCAUUUGGCAAUGUCAUGUAUAAUAUUUAUAUAGCAAAUUGUCAAUCAUUAUCAGAUUACCCUUAAGCACAUAGUUGAAUUACAGGGUUUUGAAGCAUUUUAUGAUCAUGAAGACCGGUAGUAACAGAAUUCUUUUCUGACUAUCAUAUUUCAAUAAAACAAAUUAUUCGCAUAAGU